AUGUCCCCCGCCUCCCCUGAGUGGAAACUAAAUUUUGCUGCUAUGGACCAUGUUGUGUUGCUGCUGCUGCUGCUGCUGCUGCUGUGCGUUGCUCCAGUGGUUCAGUGCUACAGCUCGGGCCUCGUUACGACGAGCUGUGCUGACCUGCGACCCCACCACAAUAAUCUGAGCCCACAGGCAGGCCCUGCACCCUUCACCAUCACAACGGAGCGCAGCAGCUACAGGCUUGGAGAGGAGGUCACAGUCAAGAUUCAGGCUCCAAGCUCCAAACCAUUCUUUGGUUUCCUAUUACAGGCCAGACAGGUUGGGCUGGAGUCUCCUGUGGGCUACUUUACUCUGACAACAAUGGCUUCUCAAAUACUCACCUGCAGCCAGAAGCCUAAUAUCUCCAAAUCGGGCUGUGGUGUCACCAAAGUGUGUAUCAGUCAGCCUUUAAACUGUGACCCUGCAGUCAGUGUCAACUGUUAUUUCAUGUCAGCCAGCAUAACUCCCAAUGACACAGCCGCCCACUAUGAGAUAACAGGUCCUUCAGAUGGAUACAUCUCUUUUGGAUUCUCAGAUGAUCAGAGGAUGGGAAAUGAUGACAUUUAUAUUUGUGGCAUAGGCAGUAAUGGCCUGGUGCAGUUGCAGCAUGCCAUUUCAACUGGAAAAACAGCUCCACAAAUUCUUCCUCUGGGGAAUGUUUCUGAUGUAGUAGCAUCAGUGCACGGCAUGGUUAUCAGCUGUUCCUUCACCUCAAUGAAUCCAAUUUCUACUCAAAGGACAUCUGGCUUUAACAUGGCCUACUAUCUCAUGUAUGCCUAUGGACCCAGCAGCAAUGGACUAAUCCAGUUCCAUGCAGAUACCUUCAUCAGCUCUGACAAGAUUGAUAUUUCCAGACCUCAGCUUGUCACAAUAGGAGUAUGGCCUCCUAUUAUCAAAGCACAUGGAUCACUGAUGCUGAUAGCCUGGAUGACCACAGGAUCACUGGGAAUGAUGGUAGCCAGGUAUCUAAAAGGAUUGGCCAAGGGACAGAACCUGUGGGGCAAAGAUGUCUGGUUUCUGGUCCAUGUUGCACUGAUGAGUUUGACAGUAGUAGCUACAGCCAUUGCCUUCAUCCUCUCCUUUUCAUAUGCCAAGGACUGGUCUGGGGGUGCCCACCCUGUUUUAGGCUGCCUGGUUAUGGUCAUGUCUUUCCUCCAGCCCAUACUGGCUCUGCUGCGCUGUGGCCCACAACAUGCAAUGAGGUUUCUGUUCAACUGGACUCAUGCUUUGAAUGCAGUGGUAAUAAAGACUUUAGCUGUGGCAGCCAUAUGCACAGGCCUGAUGUUGAUUGACAGCACUCCAGAACAAUGGCUGAUAAAAGUGAUGGGUGGUUUUAUUGGCUGGGAAGCUUUCUUCUGCAUCCUGUUGGAGAUCCACUUAAAGUGGACGGUCAAUACAACAGGUAAAUACCCUUUUAAUUCUGAUUUUGUCCUGCUGCUGGCUUUGUUCUUCGUGGGAAAUCUGGCCUUUUUGGUGGCAUUGUUGGUUGGAAUUAGAAUUUCAUAA